UAAACAAAGGCAAGCAGCUGCACGUAAAAAAUCAAUUCCCGUGGAAUUGUGAAAUAAAAAUAUUAAUUUUAUUGCUUAAAGUGUUGAUUACUUGCAUUAAGCAACAGUUUUGUAUUUCUUAUCAAAAGUGCACAUACUUGAAUUGUUUGUACGUGGAAAACUCUAAGGAACGCUAGUGCAUGAAUGUGGGUGAAAGAAUAAUCAAUACAAAAACAAAUCAACACUUGUUGCGGUAACGAAUAAAUAUUUGCAAGAAUUCUUAAAUUAAACGUAACACAAAGUGUAGCACUCUUUAAUAAUAUAUUUGAGAUGUAUUUGAUGCACCUAAAAUAAAUUUCCUCUUAAUUUUUUGUUUGUGUGUACUGCAAAUAACAGCAUUUCGUAAUAGUUAACCAUUUAACCUUCGCCCCUCCAUUCGCUUGUGGACUUCAGCGUACAUUGCCCUAAUAGUUGAAGUACCUACCAUAUUUAAAUAGUCGAGUCAACUAAAAAGUAACCACCCCGCAAUUCAUAAACCACAUUAACCAAUACAACGGGCUCACCAGGCGUCAAUGCCACAGCCAAUGUGGAGCAGUUGCGCCAACAAAAGCGCUUCAAAGUUUACAAUUUUGCUGCAACAACAAACUCCGACUUUCCUUUCUUCAUUUGAAAUAAAAACUUUGAAAAUAUCGCUAUGAAAAAUCAGCAAACGAGUGCAUGAACUCUGCUGCCUUUCCUGCAUAUGCCCGCGCACUGCACUCAACGUGCUUCUGUGCCACAGAGGAAUGCAGUUAGUGGGGCAUUUUACAUAAUUUGUCGACGUAUUUACGACGCGCAAUGCACACCAUGUCCAACUAAUCUGUUUAUCUACAAGAUAAGCUCUGGCUAUGAAUCUGACGCUUAACACAACAGAAAAUAACAAGCCAUAGGAAAACUAUUGUUGUAAAAACGAAGCUAAAGAGAGAAAAACAAAAUUGAAACUUUCCUAUUUGCACACAGACAAGUUGUUUUUUGACAAGUAAUACAACUCUGGUCGCAAAAUCGCUAGAUCCUGCACCAGCACCUCUCUACUACCAUUCCUGCCAUUCGUUUAUCAACGGACAUUCAGCCGGACACCUCAAACCGAGAGGAGAGUGAAGAGCAUUCAAAAAGAUGGCAGAAAACGACAACAAUACCACAACGGACGUCAGCCAGGAAGAAGAGCGGCAACAACAGGACAACUCCCGCAUGGCAUUUGCCCGCUCGCCAGUGCCCGCACCAGCUCCAGUCAGAGCGCCACAACAAAUUCACCAACAAGAACAAUGUGGUGCGAAAAUAUUGCAAAUGCUACUGGGUAUUGCGGUGCAACCGAAAAUGCAAAUAGAAACGAUGAAGCCGGAAUCAGGGGUAGAACAACAACAGCAGUCGCAUAUGGAAUUGAGCCAAAUCGAGUUAAUCUAUCGCGCGGAGGGUAAUGCAAAUUUGGUGCUCGCAUUGCCGCAAUUUAAAAAAGUUUUGCGUCUGCCAAAAACUUCACUGCCACUUCCGCUGCCGGCUACUAGUCACAGCAACAGCAACAGCAGCAGCAGCAGCAGUACUAAGUACAACAAAAUACAAAUUGGUAAUACGCAACGGCAACGAGAUGUGGAAGUGGUCGACAUAGAGUGGCAGCAACAUCAAGAAUCUCAGCAGCAGCAACAACAAUCACAACAAACUCAAGAACGGCAAUUGCAACGUCAACAGAAGCAGCUAAAACGGCAGGAGGUAGUCCAAAGUGCUUCCGACCCGGCUGUAAAUCAAAAUGCAAAAGACUUGACAAUGGAGGAUUUUGUGGCUUACAUCGAGGUAAUACGAAAUCUGCUUGGAAGCGAAUAUGUCUGCGAGACGGAGAUUGUGCGGAUAGCCAAGGAGGAGGACAUAAGGUGGAUAAAUGAGCAGAUUCGAGCAGAACGACCAGCUCAUCGCCGGGAUAAAGAAUUUUGUGGGGAAUUCGGUUUGCUGCUGCCAGAUGCUACACGCUUGCCAAUAGCAUUCGAUAUUUUACUUUCCAAUUUGCAGGCGGAAUUUAUUGGCAACACAUUCGCCAUCGAAAUAAAACCGAAGCAGGGUUGGCUGCUGCCGCCUGAUGUCGUCAACAAAUUGUACUUUGACCUGAAGAGUCCAGCGCGCACCCAGGCAAUGGUGGAAGCGACAACAACAGACGUCCAGCGGCCGGAAGUGGAAGGAGACAAGAGCCACGCUGCACGGUGUCGUUUCUGUGCCAUGCAAUAUCUGAAGCUGCGCACGGGUAAAAUCAACAGGCGAACUUCUUAUUGCCCGAUGGCGUUAUUUUCCGGUGUACCUGCCAAAAUGCUUGCGGCCAUCGAUGCACUUCUGCAAUGCCCACAAAAUAAUUUAAGAAUAUUUCGUAAUGGAAUUUUAAUAUAUGACGGCGAAAAGCAUUCAUAUGACGAUUUAAUUGAGCACUUCUUCCCUGGCGGCCAAAUACAGCUUUUAAAGGAUUUGAUGGUGGCAUGUCUGCUGAGGGACUACACGGCUAACAAUAGCAAAAAGAACAGUAAUAGCAGCAGAAGCAACAAAAGCAACAGCAGUAUAAACGAUGACAACGCUGCUGACUGUGGUGGAACGGCCAAAACUGUCGCUGGUCAGCCACACUUAAGCGCCACUUCGGAGCGACGCAAACAAAUGGAGAAGGAGGAGGGCGUUGGGGUAGCGGGGGAAGUAGAGCAGAAGUUGAAAGAAAGUAAGAUAAUGCCAAUAUAUCGUGCAGAAGACACCCACACAGCCGCAGCCGCAACAGCACGUCCGACUACGAGAGGUCUGACGACGAUGACAAGGGCAGUGGCGCCGGAGACAUAUUCGCAAGCACAAAUCACUGAAGUGGAAAUGCUGUGCUUACCGAAAAAUUGUGUCCUGCAAAAAAUUUUGCAUCUCCAAUUGUUGUCCAAGCGUAACAUGCCCAUCCUGCAGGCUGCCGGACAUGCACACAAAUCGGAAAAAUCAUACAAUGCCUUAAAAGGCUUACUGCAGCGAUCACAACAACAACUCACUACAGAUGAGUUGGAGCCAUCGGAUGCGUAUCUCCUGGGCGCCACAGCGCUGGACUGUUCGAUUAUGCUGGCGUUUCAGGAAAUUUCCAUGUGCAAUCCAGAGCCGCAUUCACAGCCACAACACUUAACGAAGUCGCCACUGUCCAAAUAUUGUGUAGUAAUGCCGCGUUAUGGCAAAACCUUCCUCACCAAAGCGACACUGGUCGACUUGGAUCCGAAGCCUGAUAGUCACUUGUGCAAAUAUAUUAAACAGACGUGCCAGGCGCUUGACUUAUUUAUGGAUGGUGGUGGUUCUUGAUGAACAGGAUGUGUGUGUGUGUACGGUCAAAAGAUGCGCUCAUCACUUGGGUGGAAAUUUGUUAACGAUCGAAAAACGGAAAUAGCUGGGACAAUUUUACUGCACGAAAAUGUAAAUAUCAAUUCAUUAACGAUUUAUUCACUUAUGCAUGCACAACGACAUACAUGUAUACGAGUAUAAGGUGUCCCAUUAGGAGGAGUGCCUCUUUCGAAAUUAAAGAAAAAACACUG